CGGGCGCGCCGGUAUAAAUUCGGGCGGGGGCGCGCCGCAGAGGGCAGCAGCCAGCGCACCGGUUCGAGCGAGCCAUAGCAUCCAUCUCUCACGUCCAGUGAAACCUCGCGGCGCUUGAUAAUCUGAGCCAGCUAGACCGCCUGACCACGCGUACGGCGGCGGCCAUGGGCGGCGGGCACGACAUGCACGGCGGGCACAACGGCGGCGUGACGGGGUUCGUGUCCAACCUCGUCCACGGCGGGAAAGGACACGGGCACGGGUACGAGCACGGCUACGGCCACGGGCACGGGUACCCUCCGCAGUCCGCCGGCGCGUACCCUCCGCCGCCGCACGGCGGCUACCCGCCGGCCGCCUACCCCUCGCACUCAUCGGCGCACUACGGCGGGCACAUGGGGUCGUACCACACCGGCCACGGCGGCGGGCACCACCACGGCGGCUACGGCGGCGGCAAGCACAAGGGCGGCAUGUUCGGCGGCGGCAAGUACAGGAAGUGGAAGUAGAGCGCCGGCCGACCGACGCCUCUCUCGCUCGCGCUGCCUAGCUAGUCAUGCGGUGCAGCAUGCACACACACACUCCAUCUAUAUAUAUUCGUGAAUAAAGUGCAAGCAGGCAGAUCGAGUCCUUGUCGUGGUGGCGUACCAGUACGAGACGACGAAAUAAGGUACAUGUGCGUGUCUAGUCAUAAAAACAGGUCUGCCCGAGUGGUCGUGUGUGUUCAUGUAAUUCACGUGUGCUUGGGUUGUACGUACUACCACAGGCGUAUCUACAGGCCGAGUGUAAUAAUACAGGUCGUAUAACAAUAUACUCCAUGCCCUCUUGGCUGUUGCGGUA